AUGAUGAAAGAAAACCCCAAGGGAAAAUGUGGGUCUUCUUCUCAUAAAUCCAUGAAAGAGAAGGAGAAAUAUCUGGUGGAUAAGAUUCAAGGGAUUUUCACCAAUCUUCAGUCUGCGAGAAAGGAAAGUAGGGCUAAUGACAUUGUGAUAUUUGAGGAGCAGAUGCAUCAGUUGCUUCGAGAGUGGAAGGCCGAACUAGAGUCUCCGGCUACUUCCUUAGCUGAUGGGAGCCUUGGUUCGUUUACCGGGGAUCUAGCCCAGCUGUUGCAAGCCAUUGAGGAGAAAGAUGAUGCAAUAAGUCCAUUAACAAACCCUGGGCUGUUGAAGACUGAUGUCCAUCAAAAUAACAUUAAUGAUAACAAUUAUCCGUAUUUUCAAGAGAAAUGUUUUGAUAAUAACCAGCCACUAAAUCAUACUUUCGAAGGCUCUGCUUCAACUAUAUUCAACAAUGCUUUAAAUAGCUCAGACAUGGCUCAGUUGGAUUUUCAUCCGUUCGGUUUAAAUCAAGAUAUGAGUCAUAACACUGUAGGUCACAACUCUGAUUUGAUUGGUCAGUUUGACCUGUAUCAAAACCACAGCCUCGGGCACAACACAGAAAUUAAAAACUCAGAGUCAGGUCAAUUUAGUUUUGAAGAAGGCUUUGAUUGUAGCCAAUUUUUCAUAGAUAAUGACACCACACAAUUUGGAGACAAUCUUACACCUAACAUUCUUCCAAAUAUCCGCCCUCCACCUUCUGCUUUUCUAGCCCCAAAAUGUGCACUGUGGGACUGUUUCAGACCUGCUCAAGGGUUAGAAAGGUGCCAGGACUACUGUAGUACUAAUCACGAGCUUUUAGCAAAUAGUGAGGGUCUCCCUGGCAUGACUCCCAUUUUACGACCUGGUGGCAUUGAUAUAAAAGACGGUCCUUUGUUUGCUGCUGUUCUUGCAAAGACACUGGGAAAAGAAGUGGGCAUACCUAAGUGUGAAGGCGCCGCUUCAACGAAAGCCCCCUGGAAUGCUUCAGAGUUCUUUGACCUUUCUUUUCUUGAGGGUGAGACUAUUAGGGAGUGGCUGUUCUUUGACAAGCCUAGAAGGGCGUUUGACAGCGGAACCAGGAAACAGAGGUCACUCCCUGAUUACAGUGGGCGUGGUUGGCAUGAAUCAAGGAAGCAAGUAAUGAAGGAACAUGGGGGACACAAGAGAUCCUAUUACAUGGAUCCCCAGCCUCUUAGUUAUCUCGAGUGGCAUUUGUACGAGUAUGAGAUCAAUAACCAGGAUGGCUGUGCAUUAUACAGACUAGAAUUAAAGCUUGUAGAUAAAAAGAAAAGUCCUAAAGGAAAAGUGACUAAGGAGUCUCUAAAUGACUUACAAAACAAGAUGGGAAAGCUAACAGCCGCUGUUCCAUCGCCAGACGAUGGAAAAUCGGUCAAGGGAAAAUCUGAAGCCAAGUCUGAGAAUAUUGGCCAGCCUGAAAAUUAA